CGCUGCUGCUGCUCAGCUGUGAGAAAUACUGUUUGAUAUAGAUAUACUACCUAAACUAUACAUGUAUCGAAGAAGUAGCACACAGAGGCAGUAUUGUCUAUUCCGCGAGGCACGCAAGUAAAUACCGUAAGAGAAUACCUUCACGUUUGGCCCCCCCCCCCCCCCCCCNCCCCAUCCGUGUCACAAUACAAAUAUCUGUGCACUGUGUGUUUUCAAUAAAAAGAUGAAUGGCCGUGUUGCUGCUGCAGCCUCGUAUCGUCUGCCAAUGCUACCGAGACUCGUCGAAAAUGUGCGCAGAUUGAAAAUACUGGUGAACUAAAAGUUUGCUGUUGCUGCUGCUGCCCGUGCUCUCGAUCGUGUCUAAGGAAUAGGUGUCACAUGCACGCAUACACUCCGCACCAUACGUCAUGAUAUAUACUCGUUGAAAAUACGCCACAUACGGACGCGUAUAUAAAUAAUAAUGGGAUAUAGCGCGGCGGAAAUCUACGUGAAUUUCGAACGCAGCAUCCUCCUCCUCCUCCUCGGCAUCGAUCUAAUUCAGCUCGUGCUCUGACCAACGUCGAUAUAUAUUCUAUUUAUAUAUCCUCUAUCGAUCAUCAUGUCCGAGCCGUGCAGCAGCUCCAAGGAUGCCGACGACGGUGGUGGUGCUGCUGACCUGCGGGGGGUGGACAACGAUGCCACCCAGCAGGCCUCUGGUGCUACACAAAAAAAUUCACAAGCCUGGUUCAAGAACGAAAAGCUGAGGGAGGCUUUUGACAAUUGGAUACAUUGCAUCUGCAUUGUCACCUUUGAUCUCGAGCUGGGACAGGUCAUCGAGGCAAUUUAUCCAGAUGAUGUUGAAUUAUUGGAGCAAGAAAGAACCAAUAUUUGUUACUUGGCUUUUCCUGAUUCAAACUCAGGAUGCAUGGGAGAUACUCAGUAUCAUGUAAGGGUAAAGAAAAGUGCCAAAUUUCUCAAAGAAACUGCAGCACAGAAAGAAUAUAAUAAAAAAUCACCAAUGUUCCUACAAACCGACAAAGAUUAUUACACAGGCUAUGUGUAUUUCCGUCAAGUUAAAGAUAAAAAUCUUCCUAGGGGUUACUUUCAAAAGAGUAUUGUUAUCGUAACAAGGCUUCCAUUUGUAAAUUUAUUCACUGAAAUAUGUGCACUGGUUGCUCCAGAAUAUUUUGAUAGUGGUGAAACUUGCAUGGAAAGAAUAAUUAAAGAAAUUAGUCGAUGGCCUGCUCCUGUACCUGGUCAGAUUGUGCAUUUACCGUUGUUGGGAGUGUUGUUUCAAACAUAUAUUCCAAACCAUGCCUUCAAAACAUCAGUGCCAAAUGUAGCAGCUGGGGAAUCUGCCCCAUCUAAAGUAGCAGCUGCUCGCAGUUUACUCUUGACUUCAGUUUAUGAUAAUGAUAUGUUCAAACAUUUAUCUAGUGUUGUUGCGCAUGUGCACUUAUUAUGGGAAUUAGUAUUGUUAAGCGAACCAAUUGUUGUCAUGACAAGUUCGCCUACUACGAGUUCAGAUAUAGUUCAUACAUUAACUUCGAUGAUAGCACCAUUGAAAUACUGUGCUGAUCACCGACCUUAUUUCACAAUACACGAUUCCGAAUUUAAAGAAUAUACAAUGGACAGCCAGAGUCCACCAUCAGUGAUAUUAGGUGUAACGAAUCCAUUUUUUGCCAAAACUCUUAGGCAUUGGCCACACAUCGUUCGCGUUGCCGAAAACGGUAUUGGAGAAAGCCCAAAGUACAAAUCAAAAAGAUCUGAGGGUCUAAAGGUUCUUGAUUCAAAACCUGGACUCUAUACUCAAUAUAAGCCUUUUUUAAAUAAAGAUAAAGCUAUACUAAAAAAAUUGCUCAAAGGUGUUCAACUGAGAAGGCCAGGAGAAGUACAAACUGCACUGCUUAGGCAGCAUUUAACAGAACUGACAGAAAGUUUUAUGUUUCCAUUAGAAAGAUACAUAGCUAGUUUAAUGCCUCUUCAAAAAACUAUAUCUCCGUUCAAAGCUACACCAAUACCUCAACUUUUUAAUCCUGAUGAUUUUUUGGCAACGCUAAAUAACGCAGGACCUCAGUUAACAACUGGAAUCAAAGGUGAUUGGGUUGGUCUUUAUAGAAGAUUUUUUAGAUCGCCGAAUUUUUCAGGCUGGUUUCAAGCAAGAUACGUCGAGCUUACAAACAAGUUACAAGCUAUUCAGCUUGAAAGACUUUCACAAGCCGAUUUACGAUCAUGGGUCAGAGAUAAGCAAGAAGUCGAAAUAGUCGAUAUGAUUCUACGCAUCCGUCAAAAACUGGAAAAGAGUAACCUCGAUGAGGUACCGGUAGACUCUCCGGUGCAAGAGAUGAUACGUGAACGACUCAAUGAGAUGACGCUUGCUCUACCCGAUGAUUUACGUACGAUACUCAACAAGGAAUCUUGACAUUACUGCCGUGGUAUCGCUACAGAACGAUACGACCAGCGACUACCAAUUUAUUAUGCGAUCAAAGUGCAUGGGAAUUGUUAAUCUUUAUAUUUUAACAAUCGGGAGUUGCAAUAUUACUUUUUAUCUUCACUUUUAUUUCUUGCCGGGUGAUCUUUGAUAAUUUUUAUGAGUGAUUCUUUUUGAAAUUAUUGAAAAUUGUACAUAGUAUUUUAGAUUUUUUAGUAUUUAUUUUGGCACGUAAGAGAUUAUGUAUCGUGUAUCUGAGUGAAAAACACUGAAAUUACUUGUAGAAGUUAGCGAGUAUUUAGAUAUUUAAUUAGUUGUUAUACUCAAAAAAAAAAAAUAGAUUUUGUGAUAGGUUUCAAUAAAAUAUUUAUUGUGUAUACUCUUCCAUGUUUAAGGCCAAAUUUUCUGGCCAAGUGCUUGUGAGACUAAACGUUGACGUUUGGUGGCUAUUCGUGGUUUUAGAAAAAAUGCAUUGAUGCUUGGGCAAUAAUUUGGUUUUACUUUUCUUUAUGUAAUUAAAUUUAUGCAACAGCAAUACUUAUAAUGUCAACAUCGAUUAAGUUAAUUAUAUUUUAGAGAGAAAAAAAAAGAAAACAAUUUUUUCUGUGUAUAAGCAGAAAAAAAUAUCUUUAAUAAAAUCACUAUUUUUAUACUCAUUAAAAUGCAUUUAUAAUAUCUCUAUACAGUAAUAACAAUUUACCUAGUUUUACCUCUAUUUUUUUUUAAAAAACAUACUUUAAAAGACUCGAUUUUUAUGCUUAACAUAAAGUAUACAUAUAAAUUUAAAAAUAAGCAUUACUUUGUAAUAACGAGUAAUAUAAAAAUACUCGGAUAACAUUGUACAAUUAUAUAAUUUACGUCAUUUCAUAAUUUUUUUCUUUUCUCUUAACAAUAAGACCUAGACUUUGGAAAGUUAACGAAUUUUCAUCGGAAUAAAGUAGAUACACAUAACUACA